AUGACAGAAAAAAUGGUAUGGAAUGGUCCAUAUUUUAUUAAUGUGUACUGGAGAAAUAAAUAUGUUGUGGAAGAUGGCACGAUCAGAACAUUUGAUAACAGGGCAGAUGCGACAUUAGUUGUUGAGCGCAAGCUGUCGUAUUCUGAGUUUUUGGGCAGAAUUUGUGAUAAAGCGGGUUGGGAUAGAAAUUAUGUAAAUCUGAGAAUUAACUUGUUGUUUGAAAACAACGGUGUAAGACGAAGUGCAACAAUUACGGACGACUCGUCAGUGAAAAUUAUUUAUUAUUUUUCAGGUUCAUCAUAUUUGGAGCUGUAUGUUGAAAAUGAAGACACGGUGCAUGCCCAAAAUUUGUUAGAUCUGUCAGGACAAAAACAGGAUGUUACAUUUGUGUCGCAACAGCACCAGCAAUAUUGGAUGAAUAAUUCUCAACAUGCAGAAGCAGGGCCUAGCAGGAGCGGCGGUGAUGGAUACAUUACCGAGGGACAUGGUGGGGGUCAAAAUGAUGACUAUGAUUCAUCAGAUGAGGAUGAUGCAUCAGACAGGACUUAUGUAGAAAGCGAAGAAGAAGUUGACUACCAAACUGAUGUGGAUGAAGUUGAGGCAGCUAUCGAAGACUGGAACAUAUAUCACAACAGGCAAUUUUAUGUUCUUGCUUCUGGACGUAAGACAUGGGCUGCAGAGUACGCGACAAGAAGAAUGCAAACUCCAAUUGGACAAUCUACUUGUGCGUGGAGGAUGCAUGCAUCUUUGAAGCAGAAUGGUCUGUGGCAAAUUGUGUCCUGGGUUGUUCGUCACAAUUGUGUUGGAAUAACCAGACAAAAUGACCAUCGCAAUUUGAGGUCGAAGUUAAUAGCCAGACUUAUCAUGCGUAGUGUUGAAAAUGAUCCUGCUUUUAAGGUGAAAUCAAUCAGGGAUGAUGUGAAGGAAGCUUAUAAGGUGGAUGUGAAGUACAAGAAGGCAUGGCAUGCAAGAAGAAAAGCUAUCGAAGCGUGUUAUGGUCUUGCUUAUAUGAUGGCUAUUCCGAGGGGGAGGUGGAGUCUUGCCUACGAUCAAGAUUAUGCACGUUGGGGCAUGUUGACAACAAAUAUAUCUGAGAGUUACAACAAUGUUCUGAAGGGUGUUCGAUUUUUAUCAAGUAGAGCUGUGGUGGAAUCGACUUUGGCGAAGACAAUUAAGUUCUUCUGUGAUCAGUAUGCAGAUGCCUUGAAGUGCAAUACUCCUAUCGGAGAUAAGUAUUGGAAGAAAUUCUGUAAGUAUGAGAAUACAGCAGCAACUCACAAAGUGGAGCUGUAUGAUUGCCAGAACCAAGUGUAUGAGGUCAUUACAGGUUGGCGUCAUAUAGGGAAAGGUGGAAAUGAACACAAAGAAGAAUACAGGGAUUGGUGUUGUUCAUGCAAGAAGUGGCAGACUUACAGGCUUCCUUGUUCGCACGCAUUGGCUGUAUGUCGGUGGAUUGGUGAUCACUCAGAAAACAUAAUACAUGAAUAUUAUAAGACGAGCACAUGGCGUGAGAAAUUUUGUCAUUCUAGGUUUGUUCCCGUCCCAAGAAGAGAAGAGUGGGUGUCUCCAGGGUGGAACUUUGUUCCUGAUUAUGUCAAUCUAGUUCUGUAUAAUGCUGUAGGUCGUCAACAACAGUGGCGAUUCUUGAUGUCUAUGGAUUAUAUGGGCAGGGGUGGAUGCAGGAGAUGUAGGAGAUGCGGCAGUCGAGAUCAUUUAACAAGUUUGUGUUCUUUUAACCUAACAUGUGUUCGUUUACAGAUUUGGGCUUAUGAGCGAAUCCCAAGGAUUCGCCCCAUGAGGAAAAAUCUGGAAAACGACGAUCACACCUUGGCCUUGGGUUCAAGAUGGAGGUGUUCAUUGGAUUUUUCGCAGGUGGCCUCUCACUGUCUCCCAGCACAACGAGAUCAACUCGCAAGCCUUAGGAAGGUUGAAGAUUUUAUUUGGCAACCUUAUGAAGGAGUGGAGAUACCUGAAAGAUGUACACGGGGUCGGGAUCAUUGGCAAUCCAACACUUGGCUAAUUUGCUGGGAUAUCGUUGAACCGCAUCAAGUUGACCGUGUGAUGAGACAAUUUGGCUUGAAACAAUUGAUCCCCCCACAACCAAUGAUUGCUGGUUUCGAAGAAUGGGAAAAGUUGCACAAGUAUGGUAGGACUGGAAGAGCUGGAAACAAUUGGGAGUUUCAUCAUCGUGAAUACAUCGAAAAAUGGAACAACAGGGUGGACUUUAUUGUGGCUGGGUCUCCGAGUGGUCAAUCCUCAACCGAUGAUGAUUAUCUCCCCUGGCAGAAAAUCAUUGAAGAAGAAGAACCACAAGAUGAUCGUGGGAUUGGAGGAGCCAGGCAGAAAAUCAAGGAAGAAGGAGAACCAGAAUUUGAUUUUGAACUCAAUGCUGACUUGUUUCAAACUCCAACCCCCCAGAAUCAGGACGAAGCCAACCAAGAAGGUGAAUCUACAAAUCUGGAUGUGGAUGUGGAUGUGGAAUCUAGUUUACCUUUGGCGUUAGCAAGACCGCGUAGAAAAAUAAAGAAAGUCAAUCGCUACACGCCAUCCACUGCCCAACCCGAGCCACUGCUAGAGGAGGAGGAAUUGUAA